GUCAACGGAGAAUGGCUCGCAAGCGCAAACACAGGACGCAUCUCAAAGGCGGCACGGCAAACCAGGCGCUUGGAUCGGACGCGAAUACCCCCAAAUCCUUCGUGAUAAAACAUGGCCAAGUCGGACGCUCGCUCGCUCAACUCGUUAGGGACGUCAGGAGGGUGAUGGAACCCAACACAGCGAGUCGAUUAAGGGAACGCGCUCGGAACAAACUCCGCGAUUUCCUCACAAUGGCCCCUCCGCUCCAUGUCACGCAUCUUCUAGCGUUCACGCUCACCGACGUCGCGCCAUCCAUGCGCAUAAUCCGUCUUUCGAAUGGUCCAACGCUCAGUUUCAGGGUCGAGCGAUACAGUCUCGUCAAGGACAUUCUCGGCGCACGGAAACACGCGAAGAGCGUCGGCAUGGAGUACCUUACGCCGCCCUUGCUCGUUCUCGCCUCGUUCCCCCAACCCGGCCCAGGCGUACCGCCGCACCUCCCUCUCCUCAUGAAAACUUUCCAAUCGCUCUUCCCGCCCCUUUCCCCAAAAGAACUCAAGCUGUCCUCUGCGCGGCGUGUAGUACUCGUCUCGUACAACGCUGAGCGCGGCACGCUCGACUUUCGGCACUACCUCAUCACCGUCAAGCCCCUCGGCGUCUCGCGCCGCGUGCGCAAGAUCCUCGAGGGCCCCAAGGGCAAGUCGGCGUCGGAGGCGCAGGUGCUCGACCUCGGGAGCGAGAAGGACAUCGCAGAUUUCGUGCUGCGCCGGACGGAGGCCGGGUACGAGAGCGCGACGAGUGACGCGAGCUCGGCCGCGGGCGACGAGCCGGACGCGGCGGUCAGCCUCGCGGACGAUUACGUUGGACGGAACAACUCGCGCGGGCAGCGGCGUGCCGUGCGGUUGGACGAGAUCGGACCCCGAAUGGAGCUCCGGCUGGUGAAAAUUGCCGAGGGCGUGCCGGGCAAGGAGGGCGCAGUCAUAUAUCACGAAUUUGUUAAAAAGACUAAGGCGGAGAUAUUGGCGCAGAAAAAGGAGCACGCCGAGAAGGAGCGGCUGAGGAAGCAGCGCAGGGAAGAGCAGGAACGAAACGUGGAGAAGAAGAAGACCCUCGCGGGGGAGAAGAAGCAGAGGCCAGAGCGUAGCGUAGGGAACGAAGGGGAUGAAGACGAAGACGAAGGCGCGCAGUCGGAUCGGGGCGAUGACGAUACGGAAGGGGACUGGGAUGACCAGGGAGGUCAUGGAGAGGAAGGUGGAUGGGACGAUGACGAGGUUAUCAGCGAGGAUGAAGAUACUCACGGAGACGAGAGCGAUGACGACUCGAGCGAAAGUGAGCCUGAGGUGCAGGAGCGAAGACCAACCAAACGUGCCAAGAUACGCUCCAAGCGAUGAGUGUCCUCGGGCGCUCGUGCGUCGUAUCGUUCUUAUCUUGUCGCCUGUGUUGCCAGUUCAUACAUCUGCAUAUACUGUAGCCCCCGCAGAGGCCCGAACAGCGUGAACCGGUAGUACUGUAGUUUUACGACCUUAUGUUCAGGUUUGU